AGAAGUGGGCGGGCACAAACACGGUUGCAGGCGAAUGGGCGCGGUCUUGGGGUCGAACAGGAAAAGAAGAGGAAAACGAGGACGUCUGAACUGAAAAGAUGGCGGCCAUCCGGAAGAAGUUAGUCAUUGUUGGAGAUGGUGCAUGUGGGAAGACUUGUUUGCUUAUAGUUUUCAGCAAAGACCAGUUUCCUGAAGUGUAUGUCCCUACUGUAUUUGAAAACUAUGUUGCUGACAUCGAAGUUGAUGGGAAACAGGUGGAGCUGGCUCUGUGGGAUACAGCAGGCCAGGAGGACUACGACAGACUGCGGCCCCUGUCUUACCCUGACACAGACGUCAUACUCAUGUGCUUCUCCAUAGAUAGCCCAGACAGUUUGGAGAACAUUCCAGAGAAGUGGACUCCGGAGGUCAAACACUUCUGUCCGAACGUCCCCAUCAUUCUGGUGGGCAACAAGAAAGAUCUGCGCAACGACGAGCACACACGCCGGGAACUAGCAAAGAUGAAACAGGAACCUGUUAAACAAGAAGAGGCCAGGGACAUGGCCGUUCGCAUCAAUGCCUUUGGCUACCUGGAGUGCUCAGCCAAGACGAAGGAUGGCGUCAGGGAGGUGUUUGAAUUGGCCACUAGGGCGGCGCUGCAAGCCAAGAAGCGCAGCAAAAAGAGUGCCUGCCUCUUAUUAUAGAGGGUGAGAGGAUGCUGGGAAAGGGAGGGGAGGGGACGUAAACCAAGCCAACCAACAAAACCGAGGAGUGGUUAUUAGAAAGAAGCAGCAACGCAUUCCCUGCUGAGUAAGGCUCAGGGGACAGGGACGGAGACACCAAAUCAGGCCAAAGGACCUAGCGAAGUAAAAGGGACUUAGCAUUCACAAGGUCAACAUGCUGUCUUUUGUAAGACAUUUAAUGUAAAAUGGAAAGGUUACAGUUUGGCCCUAUGUUACAUAAAGAAAGUUCUGUAAUAGCACACUAUACUAAAGUUGCAACUGAAUAUGAUGGUGCUCCUGAAUAUCCAUCACCUUUGGGCCCAGAUGAUGGAUUUCUUGUCUUUUUUUUGUUGUUUGUUUGUUUUUUUGGAUAAUGUAUGAUGAGUCUAGAACCCCAGCACUUGUUCUGAACACAGAACCUGGUUCUAUUUGGGAACUUUGAGAAAUAUUGUUGAAUGCAGGAGUAGGAAGCAAAGAUUCUAGAGUGAUCUUUGGUAGGAAGCAAAACCAUCAACAGCACAGAAGGGCCUACAUUUCUGAGUAUUCCCAGGGUCACUUUGUCCCACUGACCAUCCUGACUGGACCCCCCAUGUCUGCCUUGCUAACUAGGCUGACCUUGAGCUUAAUACAUCCUCCAUCUUGUCACUCAGUGAUGCCACUGGUUGAAUUGAACAAGCAAUUUUGGUUUAUUUAAGAAAUAAAUCAAAUAUAGACAUCGCCUUAAAUUUUUAAAUGCAUACUACAUUAAUGAUACUAAUGCAGUUUUUGUGUGUGAAUGUUUUAUACUCUCGUCAAUGCCAUGCUUAAAAAUGGAUUGAACAGAUCUAAGACUACUUGAGUCUGUGUUUGGACUGUCCAGCUGUCUGGAUUAGGCAACAAUUGUAUACUUUUAUAUUAGAUGACAGGUUUCGGAAAAAAAUAUGUAUUUUUCUGCAGCGGUUUUCACUUGCAUUGCGGAUUUCAUUGACAGUCAGGGUCUACUGUAAUGUUACUUUUUUUCUUCUCCCUAGACAUAUGGGGAAACCCCUCUGUCACUCCAUGUGCUUUUUUUUUAAAAUACUAUUGACAUGUACUCAACCUGUGUAGUCUCUUUUUAACAAUGUGUGAUAUUCUACUGGCUUUUUCAUUCAUUUAUAAACAUUAUCCAAAUCUUCACUGAACCAGAUACGUUGGAAAGAACAUGACCACAAGAAACCAACUAAAUGCCUUGAUACUCAUUUACAAUAACUGUGGUUUUUAAGAGGUAAACUGAUGUUGCAACAGUGAUGUUUUGUAGACCAUCAUAAGAUUUACUUAGAAAAUAAAUUGUUACAAGAGGAAUCUAA